ACACACACAUAGAUAGACACACACACAGAGAGGAGAGAGAUUUUGCUCUGGAAAAGGCCAAUUUCUAAGUGAGAUACGUAUAAACAUAAGUAGAGAGAGAGAGAGAGAUGGGAAGGGCUCCGUGUUGUGACAAAGAAAAUGUAAAGAGAGGGCCAUGGUCUCCUGAAGAAGACGCAAAACUCAAAAGCUUCAUCGACAAAUAUGGCACUGGUGGUAACUGGAUUGCUCUCCCUCACAAAGCUGGCCUAAAAAGAUGUGGAAAGAGCUGCAGAUUGCGAUGGUUAAACUAUCUGAGGCCCAAUAUUAAGCAUGGUGAAUUCACUGAUGAUGAAGACAAGAUCAUCUGCAGCUUGUAUGCUAGCAUUGGUAGCAGAUGGUCAAUAAUAGCAGCUCAGCUACCAGGAAGGACUGAUAAUGAUAUAAAGAAUUACUGGAACACCAAACUCAAGAAGAAGCUCUUGGCUAUGCUUCCUUCCUUUCAAAAGAAGGCAUCUUUUUUUCCAUCUAUAUCCCUCCAAUCACCAUCACCAUACAGAUCAGAUCAGUUCGUGACCAAUAAUUCUUCCCUUUUCUACGGUUGCACUAAUUUCAUGAACAUGAACAACAAUAUCAACUCUCUGCUGACACCUACCACCACCACCACCGGUGUUCAAGAUCAUAUCACUCAUCUGAUCUCACCAUCACCACCACCACCAGGAGCCGAUCUAAACUCUUUAAUCGGUUUGAUGACCAACAACAUUGACAACAAUGAGAAUUCUUUCUAUUUAGGGUAUCAGGAAAAUCAUCAGAGCAUGUACAAUACCCCCAUGGAAUACCACUACCCUACAUCAGAUGUGAAAGAACCGAUGCUCAUUUUUGGAAGUGGUGGUGAGGGUCAUGAAGUGAGCACCACUGGUUCUUCCUCUGAAGCUGGGAGUUCUUUGAGUCAAAUCAGCUAUGAAAACUUUAGUAAAGAUCAUUAUGACAAGCAACAUCAGCAUCCGAUCAAACAAGAAGGAUUUACCCUUCAGGGUUUUAGAGAUCACAACCAGAGUUUCAUCAUUAACCAUGACUACACAGGUCAGAAACAAAAAGUGUACAGUUUAAUGAACUAUGAAAGCCCAUUGCAUAGUGAUCUGGAGGAAGUGAAGCAACUCAUUGGUAACACAAACAGCAGCAGCAGCAGUUACCUGUUCAAUGAUGAUGAUGAAUACAAGACAACAGAUGAUCGUAGGGAGAUAUGCUAUCAUUACUAAUGGGUACAUUUGUAAUUAAGGGAGAAGAAACAGACGACAGACUUUGAGACAGUUUCUUGGGGGUUGUGCUGAUUGUAGUGGAAAUCAAUGUAAAAAAUCGCAAAAAAGAAAGAAAGUGCUUUC